GAUUGGCCAAAUUCUACAUGCGUUUGAUGGAUUACAGAAAUGAAAACAAAAAAUAUAAAGGCACCGAUCUUCAUAUUAAUAAGCGUUAUUUAGGUAAUUUGUUGCUAAUUUGUGAAUUCUGAUCAAUUUCCGUCUUAAUUGAAGAGACAACAGGAACUAGCAUUGAAGAAAAAUUUUUGAUAUUGAAAGGAUAGUUUAUCAGUUAUAUCUACUGUAAUUUAUUGCUUCUAGAGGAUGAAUGAUUAUGAGUCAUCUGGUUAUGAUGAUCUCCCUCGAAACCAGGAUGACUGAUGACAGGAGAUCAUCUCAUAUUUUUAGUUUAUUUGUUUAUUUUAGUUUAUUGUAUUUUUUUUACUUCUUAUUUUAAAUUAAAAUACCCACAUAUAAUAAAGUAUACCCUAUUAGGUAUAUGCGAAUAAAUUUUUAUAUUCAUGAUUUCGUAUACCUACAUACCUAGUCAGGUCAUAAGUAUUGUCACACAGUAAAAACUUUUCUUUUAGAAUGCUGGCCACAAAAAAGUUUAUUGAAUUCGAAUUUCGAAUUGUUCAUGAAAAUAAAACUGUAUACUUUUUAGAAUUUUACUCAUUUUUAAAUAAGACCGUGUUGCAGUUAUUACGUUGCAUCGUUGCGGUUACGCGCCAAUUCAAAUUUUUGACAUACUGAAAAAUUUGAAUAUAACCAAAAGAUUCGUUUAUCGUACCAUUAAACGAUACAAUGAAUACUCUAGUGUAGAUGACAGGUCAAGAAGUGCUCGCCCUCGGUCUGUUAGGACUCCAGCAGUGAUAAAAGCUGUGAAGGCGCGAAUUCAAAGAAAUCCCAAACGUAAGCAGAAAUUGUUGGCCCUUCAGAUGGGGUUAAGCAGAACCACGGUGAAAAGGGUGUUAAUGAAGAAUUAGGGCUUCGGGCAUAUCGAAGAAAAACAGGACAUCAUUUGAAUGCUCGUCUAAUGGACCUGAGACUGAAGAGAUGCCGCGCUUUGUUGAAGCGGUACGCGGGAAAAAAAUAUCGGGAAAUUCUUUUUUCGGAUGAAAAAAUUUUUACCGUAGAAGAGAGCUACAACAAACAAAAUGAUAAGGUGUACGCACACAGUAGUGAAGAAGCGAGCAACCGUAUUCCGCGUGUCCAACUAGGUCAUUUUCCAUCCUCGCUCAUAGUAUGGUUGGGAGUUUCUUAUUGGGGCUUAACAGAGGUACAUUUUUGUGAGAAAGGUGUAAAAACGAAUGCAGUUGUGUAUCAAAAUACAGUCCUGACGAACCUUGUGGAACCUGUUUCUCAUACCAUGUUCAAUAACAGGCACUGGGUAUUCCAACAAGAUUCGGCGCCAGCUCAUAGAGCGAAGAGCACAUCCGGCACGAAGACUGGCCCUCCUCCAGUCCAGAUUUGAAUCCGUUAGAUUACAAGAUAUGGCAACACUUGGAGGAAAAGGCGUGCUCAAAGCCUCAUCCCAAUUUGGAGUCACUCCUUGAUUAAGGCAGCCGCCGAUAUUGACAUGGACCUCGUUCGUGCUGCGAUAGACGACUGGCCGCGCAGAUUGAAGGCCUGUAUUCAAAAUCACGGAGAUCACAAUAAAAUUUAGUGUCAAAAGAAUCUAUGUUUUGUUAAGUUCAUUUUGGUAUAUAAAUGGUUACAUAAUGAAUAAACUUGUUUGAAUUAUUUUAUAUUAAACUUGACAGAAUUUAUGACCUGACUAGGUAUAAUAUGAUCAAAAUUCUUUAAUGCUGCACACAAACUUUUUAAUAUUCAUAAAUAGUCAGUAUUUUGAACGAACUUAAGAGAAAAAUAAAUAACUGUGAGCUCGAAAUCUGUUCACAAGGCUCGUUUCUGAAAGGGUUGAAGAGCAGAAAUCCUCUAGUUUAAAUUGGCGGUCUUUAAACAUCUUCCAGAUGUAAAAUUCUUCAGGUAUGCUAACUUCUUCAUAAAAUUUUAAAAAAUUUUUUCGUCCUUGAGACUUCAACUCGGAAUGCUUCAACUGUUGGUGAAUUUAUACUAAAUUGUAAGAGAAUUGUAAAUGACUAGGUAUCAACAGAAACCUUGCAUUCCUGGGAUUAAGUCCAAGCCAUACCCUAUAGUCAUUUGCAGUUUGCAGAACAAACGAUGUAUCUCUCGUGCUAAUCAUUUAUGUAAACUUCUCUCUGUCACAGAUUGCGGAAUACAUGUUUAUUUAUUUUUUUCAUUUCAGACACGAAGCCCGUCGGUUUGUAUUUAUUUGAAGAAAUAACAAACAGCAUUCUAUACACAUACGGAAUGUUGUUAGUGGUCUCUUUACCCAAACUACCUUCAGGUUGGUCGAUCAGACUUCUCACUGGAUGGUACUGGCUUUAUUGUAUUCUUUUAGUCGUUUCAUAUAGAGCCAGCAUGACUGCUAUAUUGGCCAACCCAACGCCAAGGGUGACCAUAGACACGUUAAAGGAAUUGGUGGAUAGCAAAAUAAAGUGCGGCGGCUGGGGUGCAGAAACCAAACGAUUUUUUGCGGAAUCAUUGGACGAUGUGGGUCAGAAAAUUGCUGAAAGAUUCGAAGUGAUUGAUGAUCCGGAUGUUGCGGUUAGAAGAAUCGUUCACGGGGAUCUUGCUUAUUACAACAGUAAAAAUUUUCUAAAAUAUUUAAGCGUUAAAAGAAAAAACGUUCAUAUUAAUAUGAACAUAGAUAACUCAACAAUGAAUGGUACAGAGACACCAGUAAAUACUGAAAUGCAAAGAAAUCUACACAUCAUGACAGACUGUAUGGUCAACAUUCCUAUUUCAAUAGGUUUUCACAAGAACUCUCCUUUGAAACCCUUAGCUGAUGUCUAUUUGAGAAGAAUUGUUGAAGUUGGCCUUGUUGAGAAAUGGCUGAAUGAUGUUAUGUACCAUAUAAGGUCCUUAGAACGAAAUGAAGAAGAAAUAAAGGCCUUAAUGAAUUUGCAGAAACUACAAGGAGCUUUCAUUGCUUUAGCUGGUGGAUAUUUUAUAAGUAUGGUAUGCCUCAUAUGUGAAUGUAUACACUGGAACUACAUCGUUAAAAGGGACCCACAUUUUGAUAAAUAUGCUAUAGAUUUGUACUAUCAGAAAAGGAAUAAAAAACAUUAAGUGUUAUAAAAGGAAGUGUAUUAUAUAUUAUUUACAGAAUCAUAAUUGCCUAAUAUUCUUUUCAAUAAAUAAUUUCUUCAGUCAUGCAUUUUUAUUU